CAAAGUGGCAAUAUCAAACCUCUCAGCCGGGUUUGUCAAACACUUGACAUGGUCAAAAAGAUUUAUCAGUCAUUCAUUACUGACGAGACGCAGCAAACAAAACUCCCAUCAGUGGCCCAGCUCAACCAGCUCCUCUUUUGUCCAUUCCCUCCCGUUAUGCGUACAUGUAUCGUGCCCACACCCCGCCGACGACAUGCUACCCCAGAAAAACCAGCUCAGUAGCACAGCCGACUUCAUGCCUCUCCAACUUUAUCCUGGGUCUCUUCUUGUUAGUUAGUGCUAGAGUGAAGUAGGGAAAUUUCAAAUCACGGGUAGGAUAGUAAAAGGAAUGGAUUCCAGUUUCCCAAACCCGAAAUACCACAGCGUAGGUACCAAACAUCAACAUCGUCAUUACAAAUCCUCACUUCUGUGCUUGCAGAUCUUUAUAGAGGCACCUCAUGCUACUUAGUUUAAUGGGGCAAUGCUACGCAUCACCAGAGAGUAAACCGCGGGGUGUGGUUGCGAAUCAUCCAACUGCCGAGGCCUAAUUACCAAUUCUAAUCGAUUCCUAUAUGUCUCGUACUUAUUAUCGUCUUACCAAUGAGCACUACCUAUAGAUAUUGAACAUAGUAGAGCCAAAAGAAAGCUUUACUUCAAAUAUCCACUUCACAAAUGACACGCAUUCGACAGCAGAGCAACAGCAAGAUCAGAUAAAAAGUAAAAAGGAAAAAAAAAAAAAGAAGAAAAAUGGCAUAACAAAAGGUCCGGUCAAUUAACUGCACUCCUAAUCGCCAAACUUUCCCAUCGAAACAUGCCUGUCUGCAUUUUAUAAGUUCCCUGGCCCAAAAUAUAGAGAGAAACAAGAAUAGACAGCAGCGUAGAUUCGUCUCUGGUCUCGAGGCCAUUGAGAAAAAUGACGGAGAAAUACGGGCAAGGGCUGCCAGUGACACAGCAGACGGCAUCCAGGGAGCUCUAGCCACCAUCCCAAUUCAUACCCAUCGUGGAAGGGAAUCUAUGCCUUGAUAUCGCUAGGCGCAAGGGGAAAAUCCAUAGGCAUAUUUCUUCCUUGGCCAAAAAGCCAGAGAAAAGAAAAACAACGGAAAUGAUUCCCCUCUUCUAUUUGCCAGUGAUACCAGCCAUCAUGGGUAGACAGGGCCCAGUUCCAAGUCUAUUCGCUCCGUCCAAACACACAUCCUCAUCUCCAAUUGACCUCGUCCCAUGUAUCCAGAACCCAUCCCUUCUGGUCAACUGACCACCGAGCGAAACAAUGGCAAUAUCCUAUGAAGCAAUUCCCCGAGGCUGUGGUUUAUAGAACAAGGCACUUGUGAGAUUUUUUCUUGGGUGCCGGGGGCUCCAAAGCAGCAACGAUGG